AUGGACAUGGAUGUGUCGGCUCUUGCCCACAUUCGUACCUCAGAUGGCGUUUCAAUGAUUGUUGAUGUUUAUACGAUGAGCCACACUUCAGACAACUGUGUCGACGAAGAUAAACAUCUACAAAGAUACGUCAACGCAAACUCCCACCAUCAUCCAGCACAAACCAAUUCCGUCUUGAAUUAUCUCAUCCAUAGAUCUAUCAACCUCACGGACCACCACAACAAACCACAAGAGCUAGCCCAACUCAAAACACCUCUCCUUCAAAAUGGAUUCACAGACCAUCAAAUUGACAGAUCCAUCCGUCGUCAACAAACUUCUUCGUCCAGUCCCAAAGAUCCAAAAGGCAACAACGUUCUCCACAAAGCUUUCCUUCCCUACAUUAAAGGUUUAACUGACAAAAUUGGCCAAAUUCUCAAAAAACAGGACAUAAAAACGAUAAUCACCGCCAACAAUCAAAUUUCCACAUUCCUUCGUUCUCCCAAGGACAAAAUUAUCAAUGAAUCCCAAGGUAUACAUGAAACUCCAUGCUCCGAUUGCGAUAGAACAUAUUCAGAUCCAUCCUCAUCCUUAUCAAAACAUUAUCAAAAGACAGGACACAACAUAGACUUUGCGAACACUAAGACCAUCGCCUCAGCGAAAACACUCCAAACUCGGAUAAUUCGCGAGGCCAUCGAAAUCGAAAAGCGAACUUUCUGCCUGAACAAACGUGAUGACGGUCAAAGACUUCUAACUGCCUGA